AUGGAUCUUGUGCUCAUUCUGGAGCUCGUUGGCCUGCACGUCGAUCUGCUUCUCGUAUGCUUCCUUGUCCUCCACGAUGUCCACUUUUUUGCGGUAGUCGGGGUCGACCAAUGUGCGCAUCACCUCGUCGAUCGGGUGCUCGUCGAAAUAGUCUGGGGUCCAUGCAAUGGCAGUGAUGUCCACGUACACUCCGGAAGAGGUGUCGAUCAUUCUGCCGUCGAUGGCAUUGGCUCCGGAUCCACGCACACGAGAAUAGAACGACGAGCCAAUGUCCAGGAAGAACGACCCAAUACCGGAGGCGUACUUGUCUUCCUGGGAAACGUCCACAACAAGCGUCUGGUUGUGGUUUCUGGCGAUCUUGUACAACGAGUCCACAGAAACAAUCACGUCGAUGUCCUCGUCCCACGGCAGGGCCAGUCCGUUUCUGAUCCAUCCCAGCAUGGAGCCGUAUGCCACAAAGGUACGGUAGCCGGACUGGUAGCAAAACCGCAGCCAGGCCCGGCCGAUACGGUGGAUAACGGCCUGGUGCGACUCGACAGGGUGGUCGAGACCGUUGAAGAAUCUCCAGUCAAAGUGUGCACCAAGCAGAGUGUUCACCAUGUAAGCUUCACGGAGGGUGUCUUUGUUAACGUUGGGGUCCUGGCGAACAAUUUGCUCGAUUUUCUGCUUCAUGGUGUUCAUGAUCUCCUCAUGGUCAUAAUAGAAGUCCUUCUCGGUCACGGCCACCUUGGUCAUCACGUUGACCUGGUCGCUAAGCUUCAACAGAUACGACUUGUCGUACACGAGCUCGUCCUCGGCGUAGCACGGCUGAACGGAGGCGUCAUAGUUGUACAAGUUCUGGAUCUCGUUGACCAUGUGGUCGAGCCGUAUUCCGUCCUUGAUGACUUUUUCCUUGGUGGUGGAGCGCCACCUGGCCUCAUUUUCCAGAAGGUGUUCGCUCACGGAAUAAAUAUCUUUGGAACGGUCGAGAAUUACAGGCUCGUGGGUGACUGGGUUCCGCUGCGUGUUGAUGAUGACGGACGACUUGUUGAGUCCUGCGCCCAAAAAAUGGACUCUUGCCGGAGGAGGAGCCGAGGUUUGCAAAAACGAUGCUCCGUACAAAAUACGGCCCGGCUCUUCCAACUGGAACCCGGUACGGUCGUGGAUCUUGAACCGGAACGGAUACGAGGGAAGAGCCUCUUUCUCAACGUCGGUCAAGUCGACACAGGUCUCCUGGACGAAUUUUUCGUAGUCGGCGAAAAGCAUUCGAAAUUGGUCGCAAGUCAUUUCUGUGAAGUUAUCCUUUUUGUGGUCCUGGUGUUCGCUCUUCCAAUGGUUGAUGAACUCAUGGUUGAGCUUGAACUUGGAGUUGAGGUCCACCCAUUCCGACCACGAAAACGGUAG